AGAAGUACCAGGGUCGCAGGGUUCAAGAUGGCUCCGGCCUCCUUGGGUGACGUAGAGGGAAGACCUUGGGUCCGCCCCUCCCUCUCGGAGAAGCGGGGAGCAGAGCUGGGGUUAGCCCGACGCGUGGAUGGUGCGGCCGUCGGUCUGUGGCGCCGGUGUUAACCCCACUCUCUCGGUUGGACGACUUAGCCUCUCUAGGUGAUUCUCACAGCAGGACCGAGCCAAAGGCCCACCGUUGUAAUGUGACACAGCAGACCACAGUGGACCCCCACUCCGUCCUAAACCUUACAAGCAGAAAAGGACUGGUUCCACCCUCUUGGGAGUGGGCGCCCAAAGGACAGAGGCCGACCCCUAGGUGACCCGCCGUAGAAUGGGGUAGAUCCGCCCCUUCCUUGUAGUUUGCCCUGCAUAGAUUUGGAUCUUUUUCCUGGCUGGACGGCUGGCAGCUAGGGCCUUUCCAGCACUCAGUGACCCUCACUAUGGCCCAAGGCCCAGAAUUAGGUAACAGUCCUCGCAUUCGCAAGGGCUCUUCACCAAGCCAUGUAAAUCACCCAGGGCAAAGGUGUCCAUGGGCGGGAGACGAGAACACGCUAGCUAAGGAUUAUUCAAUACCUUGAUAAAGGACCUGUGUGACUGAGGAAUAAAGAAAGGUGACCAGAAUGGAGCUGUGGCCCGGGGCCUGGACGGCGCUGCUGCUGCUGCUGCUCCUGCUGCUGUCCACCCUGUGGUUCUGCAGCUCCAGUGCCAAGUAUUUCUUUAAGAUGGCCUUCUACAACGGCUGGAUCCUCUUCCUGGCGAUCCUCGCAAUCCCCGUGUGUGCUGUGCGAGGGCGCAAUGUCGAGAACAUGAAGAUCUUGCGUCUGCUGCUGCUCCACGUCAAAUACCUGUAUGGGAUCCGAGUGGAGGUGCGCGGGGCUCACCACUUCCCUCCCACGCAGCCCUACGUGGUUGUGUCCAACCACCAGAGUUCCCUCGACCUGCUUGGAAUGAUGGAGGUCCUGCCAGAUCGUUGUGUGCCCAUUGCCAAGCGUGAGCUACUAUGGGCUGGCUCUGCUGGGCUGGCCUGCUGGCUGGCAGGAAUCAUCUUCAUUGACCGGAAACGCACAGGGGACGCCAUCAGUGUCAUGUCCGAGGUGGCUCAGACCUUGCUCACCCAGGAUGUGAGAGUCUGGGUUUUUCCUGAAGGAACAAGAAACCACAAUGGCUCCAUGCUGCCCUUCAAACGAGGCGCCUUCCACCUUGCAGUACAGGCCCAGGUCCCCAUCAUCCCCAUCGUCAUGUCCUCCUAUCAAGACUUCUACUCCAAAAAGGAAAGACGCUUCACCUCGCCUGGACGUUGUCAGGUGCGGGUGCUGCCUCCAGUGUCCACAGAAGGGCUGACACCAGAUGACGUCCCAGCUCUGGCAGACAGCGUCCGGCACUCCAUGCUCACCAUCUUCCGGGAGAUCUCCACUGACGGCCUGGGUGGUGGCGACUGUCUGAAGAAGCCUGGGGGAGCGGGCGAAGCCCGGCUCUGAGCUCCACCCCCUUCUUCCUCCCUGUACCUCCCACCCAGGGUCUGAGGCAGGGCCAGGCCCUCUUCCCGGGUCCCCACUCCUUCCUCUCCUUUUGGAAUCCUCAACUUCUGAAGUGAAUGUCACUCCAUGUUCUUUCCCUGCCCCACCCUUGGACUCUCCUGCGUGGGUGCAGUCUCCACUCCAAGCCCCACCUGCCAUCUUGUCUUGUGGGACAGUUGCCUCCCCUCAUCUCAAGUGGCUCAUCCGAUACAAGGGUGGAAGACAUUCCAUCCCACCCGUCCCUCAAUGGUCUUUGUGUGGCCUUCUCUCCCUCUCCGCCCUACACUGGACAAUGGACUUGUCUGUUGCGUUCUGAGGAGCAAUCUAUCCUUCACCCCCAAGUCCACAGCCUGAUGGGGCUCGUCUCCUAGUGAGGACUCCUCAUCCUGUGGCUGGAAGCUGCACCUGACACUCCUCACAGGCUCACCUGGGGACUGACUGCCUCAGUACUGUCACCUCCAUGGGGCUGACACCCACCAUGGGGCUGGCUCGUGUAACUCAGAGAUCCCUGCCCGUGCCAGGGCUGAGCAUACUCCAGAUGCCAAUUUCUGCUUCCCCCUAGCCUCACCCCUGCCCCAGGUAGUGGUCUUCAGGGUCCUGGCCGGGCACCAUCUAACCAAAUUCUGGAGAGGCAGACGCCAGAAGCUGCUCUCUGCUCCCUGGGGCCUUAGGGAGAAGACCCUGACCCUGGAGAGAAGGAGAGGAGGGCGCUUAAUUUAUUUCUUUUUUUUUUUUUUUUUUUUUUUUGAGGUACCUCCGUCUCUGAGCCAAUUUUCAUUUCCUCCCAGUGGCGUUGGCCACCCCUGCCUCCCACUCUAGACCCAUUCCUAAAACCCAGGAGGUAGACUGGGGGGAAGGAGGAACGGGUGGGGUACAGUUUUGUGUGGUUGGUUUUUAUUAUCUGGAUAACAGCAAGCAACUGAAAAUAAAGAGAAAGAGAGA